UCAACGUGAUGAAGCAAUCUCCCAAAAAUUGAAAGACAGUGCAAGGCAAAAACAAGAGCAAGAAGAGCCGCGCGCCAGUGGGUUAAAUGCUCAAUUUCUUCUAAUUAAGAACCACGAUGGUUUAGGAAUCCAUUGUUCUCCAUUUAGGGUUUCUUUUUCUCAUUCAAAUUCUUCUCCAGUCACAUCCAGUUGGGGUUUCUUUCUCGGAAGAUGGCUCGUAACGAGGAGAAGGCCCAGUCGAUGCUCAACCGCUUCAUCACGAUGAAGGCGGAGGAGAAGAAGAAGCCGAAGGAGCGCCGCCCCUUCCUCGCCUCAGAGUGCCGCGACCUCUCGGAGGCCGACAAGUGGCGGCAGCAGAUCAUGCGGGAGAUCGGCCGGAAAGUUGCCGAGAUCCAGAACGAGGGUCUCGGCGAGCACCGCCUCCGCGAUCUCAACGACGAGAUCAACAAGCUCAUCCGCGAAAAAUCCCACUGGGAACGCCGCAUCGUGGAGCUCGGCGGGCCGAAUUACUCGAAGCACUCCGCGAAGAUGACGGACCUCGAUGGAAACAUCGUCGACGUCCCGAACCCGGGUGGCCGUGGCCCGGGAUACCGCUACUUCGGGGCUGCCAAGAAGCUCCCCGGCGUCAAGGAGCUCUUCGAAAAACCCCCCGAGCUUCGAAGGCGGCGUACUCGAUAUGAUAUUUAUAAGAGAAUUGAUGCGAGUUAUUAUGGUUACCGUGAUGAGGAGGACGGUGUGCUGGCGCGGCUGGAGGGGCCGGCGGAGGAGGCGAUGAGGCGGGAGGCGGCGGAGGAGUGGAGGAGGUUGGAUGAGGUGAGGAGGGAGGCGAGGAAGGGGGUGGUGAGCGGGGAGGUGGCGGAGGUUACCGCGGUGGCGAGGGAGGUGCUGAAGGAGGAUGAGGAGGAGGUGGUGGAGGAGGAGAGGGCGAGGGAGAGAGAGGAGGAGAGGGAGAGGAGGGAGUUUGUGGUGCACGUGCCGCUGCCGGAUGAGAAGGAGAUUGAGAGGAGGGUGCUGGAGAAGAAGAAGAAGGAUCUGUUGAGUAGGUACGCGAGUGAGGGGCUCGUGGAGGAGCAGACUGAGGCCAAGGACAUGCUCAACAUUCAGCGUUAGGCUGUAGAAGCAGAGAGCCGCGUGAAAAAGUGGGGAGGAGCAAUUGCGUAUGAUCAAUGAUGACUUUUUAUCAUAGUGGAGAAUUAGGCAGAGACUCUAUUAAGUUGUACCAAUAGUGAAGAACUUGAAAAUUUUCAACAUGUAUUUGAAUUUUAGACUAUUGGGUGGACUUCCUGUGAAGUCUGAGGUUUUAUUUCUCCAUAAUUUUAUUCUCUUGUGUUUGUUCUGGACUGGCUAUAUGCUAGCAUGUUGGUCGAAUUUGACAGAUUAAAGUAAUGGGUAGUGUCAGAGUUAUUGUUUAUUUUUCUAACAGGAAUGAUAAGAGUAUUGGAGGCACUGAA